AUGCCCUUGAAAAUCGAGCAGGCCCACCUUAACGAUGAAUCUGGUCAAAAUGAGGUUUUGAACGAGCCCAAAAAAGUACCCACAGCUGAGGAAUUAUGUGAUGAUGUCGUGCUUUUAUGGCGCCAGGAACCUGCCUUUGAGGAUGUUGAUAUGGGGGUUUUGUUUGAGAAAUUAACAUUGAGAAACCCUACGUGGGAAAUUACGCUUCCAGAGGUUGACGAUACACUUUUGCAUCAUAAUCUUUCAUUUUCGGAUGAAUCUCUUCCUUUCACUUACGCUGAUCAAGUGGGAAGCUUACAUCACCCAUCUUUGAACGACAAGCAAGCUGAAAAGAUACAAUUACGAGAAACUAGAUCUCACAAUGGGUUACUAAAUUGGUCUGUUUUUGCUCAAAAGGAUCUAAGACAGGACGAGGUUAUAUUCUAUGAGCACGAGCCGUUGACACAUAUUUUGCCUCUUGAUAAAACGUCGCUGGCAGAAAAGGGUCGAUCGUGCGCCAGUUGUGGACACUCCUUGACUCAAAGCUCGCAGUUCACGGUGAAAAACAUGCUAGACUGCCAGCAAUGCUCUGCAGUUUGGUGUUCCAAACACUGUAAACGUCUGGACAGCGCAACGCACAGCUUUCUUAAGCACCCGGUCUCCAAGAAUAAAAAAGUGAAUGCAGCAGGAUGGCUAGCAUUCGAGGAAGUUUGCAGGGAAAAUGCUAUGCAUUCGGCGUACGCCGUUGGUAUCAUAUACGCUCGUAUUUUGCUCGACAAGCAGGAAGGUAAUCACAUUCGAAAACAAUUCGAGUCUCUGGCACAGGUGAGUCAGAGCCUGCGAGAAAAAGCAGCCGACUCGACGAAUGUAGGAGGAACAUUCGAUAAAUCAACAGGUGCGAUCUCUUCUGACAAGCAUUGGCUAUGGUCUCAAAGCUUCGAUUCAUUCUGCAAAGCCUUUCCAACCUGCGCAGAGGGAGGUUUGGAUCUCGAAACUUAUUUGGAGUACAUUGGCAGGUUUAACAUAAAUCAGCUCGAGGGUCAAUUGUUCACAAUAUACUCGCAGCUGAAUCAUAACUGUGAACCGAACGUCAGACACGAGCUAGAUGCCAAGAGUGGUUUAAAAGUCUUUGCCAGGAAAAAUAUCAAGAAGGGCGAAGAGCUUUUCACCACCUAUGUGAACCCUCUUCACGGUGUCACUCUGAGGCGUAGAGAGCUAUUGGUAAAUUGGGGUUUCUUAUGCAGUUGCCCGCGCUGUCAAAGAGAUCUCAGUGCUCGACGAAACCGCAAGACAGAUAUAACAAUUUCACUCUCUGAAACCUCCGUAUCUCCUGGCAGCACAUCUAGACGUAAAUCUUCCUUGAAAAGUUCAAAACCAGAUCUAUCUGAGCUAUUGAAAAACGGGCAAGAGUUUGAUUUAGAGAUUCCUACAGAAUUUGGCUUUGACCGGAGAAGGAAGUCAGUGAGGUUUGACGACGUCGUAUUGACCGCAGUUGAAGAAUAA